UCCGCCGCCUUCACUCUGCUGCGUCCGCCGCCUCCCCCGGCAGCCGCGGCGCCAGCCGGACUGAGCCCCCCUUCGCCGCCGCCGCCGCCAACCCUGACAAACCAAAUCAAGAAACUAUGUUCCAACUUCCUGUCAACAACCUUGGCAGUUUAAGAAAAGCCCGGAAAACUGUGAAAAAAAUACUUAGUGACAUUGGUUUGGAAUACUGUAAAGAACAUAUAGAAGAUUUUAAACAGUUUGAACCUAAUGACUUUUAUUUGAAAAACACUACAUGGGAGGAUGUUGGAUUGUGGGACCCUUCACUUACAAAAAAUCAGGACUAUCGGACAAAACCCUUUUGCUGCAGCGCCUGUCCGUUUUCCUCGAAGUUCUUUUCCGCCUACAAAAGUCACUUCCGCAAUGUCCACAGCGAAGACUUUGAGAACAGGAUUCUCCUCAACUGUCCCUACUGUACCUUCAAUGCGGACAAAAAGACAUUGGAAACGCACAUUAAGAUAUUUCACGCUCCAAAUGCCCCCGCACCGAGCAGCGGCAUCAGCACUUUUAAGGAUAAAAACAAACACGAGAGCCUUAAACCUAAGCAGGCUGACAGUGUAGAGCAAGCUGUUUAUUACUGUAAGAAGUGCACUUACCGAGAUCCUCUCUACGAAAUCGUCAGAAAGCACAUUUACAGGGAACAUUUCCAGCACGUCGCAGCACCUUACGUCGCCCAGGCAGGCGAAAAGUCACUGAACGGGGCCGUCCCGCUGAGUUCCAGUGCCCGAGAGGAGGGUAGUAUUCACUGCAAGCGAUGCCUUUUUAUGCCGAAGUCCUACGAAGCUUUAGUCCAGCACGUCAUCGAAGACCACGAGCGGAUCGGUUACCAGGUCACGGCGAUGAUAGGGCACACCAACGUGGUGGUGCCGCGGUCCAAACCGCUGAUGCUGAUCGCUCCCAAACCCCAGGAGAAGAAGCCGCUGGGCCUCCCGCCCCGCGUCGGGGCCCUGGGCUCGGGCGGCCUCCGGCCCCUCCCGUCCCAGCAGAUGGUCAACCGGCUCACUAUACCAAAGCCUAACUUGAACUCCACGGGCGUCAACAUGCUGUCGAACGUCCACCUCCCGCAGAACAAUUACGGCGUCAAGUCGGUGGCCCCGGGCUACGGCGUGGGGCAGUCGGUGCGGCUGAGCCUGAGCGGGAGCGCCCCGGUCUCCCUCCCGCAGCAGUCGCCGGCGAUGAAACCGCUGCUGCCCAGCGGGAACGGGAGGCCGUACGGGCUGGGGGCCGAGCAGAGGGGCCAGGGCCCGGCCCGCUACGCGCUCCAGUCGGCCAAUUCCUCCUCCUCCUCCUCGUCGUCCUCCUCCUCCACCUCGUCGUCGUCGUCCUCGCUGUCGAAGCCGUCCUCCCUCUCGCAGUCGCAGGCGGCCUCGCGGGCGCUGGGGCAGUCGGGGGCCAAGCCCCCCGCCGCGGCCACCGGCCCGUCGCCCGCCAACACCUCGUCCACCCAGAAGUGGAAGAUCUGUACCAUCUGCAACGAGCUGUUCCCCGAGAACGUGUACAGCGUCCACUUCGAGAAGGAGCACAAGGCGGAGAAGGUGCCGGCCGUGGCCAACUACAUCAUGAAGAUCCACAACUUCACCAGUAAGUGUCUCUACUGUAACCGCUACCUGCCCACGGACACCCUGCUGAACCACAUGCUGAUCCACGGCCUGUCCUGCCCCUACUGCCGGUCGACCUUCAACGACGUGGAGAAGAUGGCGGCGCACAUGCGGCUGGCCCACGUGGACGAGGAGAUGGGGCCCAAGACGGACUCCACGCUGACCUUCGACCUGACGCUGCAGCAGGGCAGCCACACCAACAUCCACCUGCUGGUCACCACGUACAACCUGAGGGACGCCCCCGCCGAGUCGGUGGCGUACCACGCGCAGAACACCCCCCCGGUGCCCCCGAAGGCGCAGCCCAAGGUCCAGGAGAAGGCGGACGUGCCGGUCAAGAGCUCGCCGCAGGCCGCCGUCCCCUACAAGAAGGACGUGGGCAAGACCCUGUGCCCGCUGUGCUUCUCCAUCCUCAAGGGCCCCAUCUCGGACGCCCUGGCCCACCACCUGCGGGAGCGGCACCAGGUGAUCCAGACGGUCCACCCCGUGGAGAAGAAGCUCACCUACAAGUGCAUCCACUGCCUGGGCGUCUACACGAGCAACAUGACGGCCUCCACCAUCACGCUGCACCUCGUCCACUGCCGGGGGGUGGGCAAGACCCAGAACGGCCAGGACAAGGCCACCGCCCCGUCCCGCCUCAACCAGGCCCCGGCGGGCCUGGGCCCCGUGAAGCGGACCUACGAGCACGUGGAGUUCUCCAUGCUGAAGAAGCGGAAGCUGGACGACGACCUGGACUCCCCGCCGUCCCUCUUCGAGGAGAAGCCCGAGGAGCCCGUGGUGCUGGCGCUGGACCCCAAGGGCCACGAGGACGACUCCUACGAAGCCCGGAAGACCUUCCUCACCAAGUACUUCAACAAGCAGCCCUACCCCACGAGGAGAGAGAUCGAGAAGCUGGCGGCCAGCCUCUGGUUGUGGAAGUCGGACAUCGCCUCCCACUUCAGCAACAAGAGGAAGAAGUGCGUCCGCGACUGCGAGAAGUACAAGCCCGGGGUGCUGCUCGGCUUCAACAUGAAGGAGCUGAACAAGGUCAAGCACGAGAUGGAUUUCGACGCCGAGUGGCUCUUCGAGAACCACGACGAGAAGAAUUCCCGGGUCAACGCCAGCAAAACCGUGGACAAGAAGAUCAGCCUGGGCAAGGGGGACGACAGCUCGUCGGACAGCCUGGACAACCUGGACGAGGACUCCAACGGGGGCGGCAGCGACUUCGGCGACCCGGCCUUCGACGUGGACCACAAGGUGCCCGCCGGGAGCCCCGGCGAGGACCCCGACGGGAGCCCGGCCAAGCUGACCGGCGAGGACCCCGCGGACUCGCCCGGCGAGGCCAGCCGGCGGGAGGACCCGGGAGACGCCGAGUACCGGGAGCCGCGGGCCGCCGGGGAGCCGGCCAAGCUGGUGCGCGACGCCUCCGACAGCGACGGGGAUCCGGACGACCCGGCCGAGUGGAAGGACGGCGGGUCCCCGGCGGAGAGCGGGCCCGCCUCCCAGCCGGUGUCCGACUUCGAGGACAACACGUCCGAGGUCAAGCCGGGGGCCUGGACGGACGAGUCGUCCCAGAGCGAGGACGCCGGCGGCAGCGGCAAGCCGCCCGCGGAGGCCGGAGGGGCGUCGGAGAGCGACGAGGAGCAGCUGAAGUGGAAGGCGGGCUCCUACGGGAAAGUGGAAGAGUUCUGGGCCAAGGACCAGUCGCAGUGGAAAAACGCGUCCGAGAACGAGGAGAGCCUGUCCAACCCCCAGAUGGAGUGGCAAAAUAGCACAAUUGACAGCGAAGACGGAGAUCAGUUUGACAAUAUAACCGACGGCGUCGCCGAGCAGAUGCACGGCGGUUUAACCGGCGUCGAGCUGAGCAGCCAACAAGCGUAAGCUGCUCCGCUCCUGGGCUGCGGCUGUGGCGGCGGCGUUGGGGGGG